GCAUUUUUACUCACGACGGUGUCGCGUGCGGUGUCAUUGUUAACGCAUGCUGUAAAUGUUACGGGGCAGGGCAUGUUUAAAGAGAGCAUUUUCCUGGGUGUGGUUGUACCCCGCGCGAUUGCGGAGCCAGGUGGGGCAUGACAGCGCGCCCGAUCCGGCGCAUUCGCACCCGUAUAAAUUGCACCAUGCUCGUUGAUGGCAGCCGUAAUGCGGAUCUAAACGCACAUAUCGAUAGUCGCGACAGUCGGAAUCUGGGCAACGGAAUACCAUCGCAGAACUCGUCGUGAUGAUCGGACACCUUAUCCUUUUGUUUGCAAUGUCGAGCGCCGUUCUGGCGGCUCCACAGUGGUACGGACCUCAUGCCUCUCCAGCACCAUUGGGCCCGGACGGCCGUGUGGUGGACACACCGGAAGUCGCGCAGCUGAAAGCUGCCCACUUGAACGCUUUGGCGGAGGCUAACGCGCGCGCGCCGAAGGGACCGGGAGCAGUUGGCGCUUACGUUGGACCUAGUGGACCAUACGCUGCUGCAAAUUAUAUUCCGCAAUACAGUUACAGCGGGCCGCCGGCUCCGUUGGGCCCGGACGGACGUGUAGUCGACACACCCGAGGUCCAGCAAGCCAAGGCCGUACAUUUCUCUCUCUACAAUGCGGAAGCGCAGCGCGUGCCAGCCGGUCCAGCUGAUCCAGUUGCCGUCGGCGCUUACGAUCCGUCCUGGAACAAUGGCGCUUACAAUCCCGCUUGGAACGGUCCGGCUCGCAAUUAUUAUUAAAAACGAACGUCGAUCAUUCGCGAGGAGAUGACUGGAUCAAGAACGGCGCGAAACACGCACAUCUGCUCAUUCAGAAGAUUUCGAAAUCGAUCCGGCGAAAUCGGUCGAUCGAUCGAUCGAUCACACUGGAUCGCCCACAAAGUCCUCUCUAGCUACCUCAGAAUUGGAAAAGACUAUAUUUUAUCAGCUACCUCCGAUCAGUCCAAGCGAACGAUAUUCAUCCUUUGCCGAUGCAUCUCUUACUGAUCUUCUUGCCUGCAUUUCUACCGCUGCAUUUCAUGCAUUUCCUAUGCGCGAGUACUUGUAUCCGGUGUAUAUGAUGAAAAAAAGAUAUAUACUUAUUUAAAUAAAAAUAUAUAUAUAU